AAUGGGUAGUGGAUGAUCGCGGGGUGGCGGAGACCAAGAAGGAAUGGAAGAUCGAUUGCUGGAAUGUCCGUUAUCAGAUACGACUGAAGCGCUCUUGAGAUCCCGAAAUAAGAUCAAAUCAAUAGAGACGUUUCCUGUCGAUAGGUUUGGUGUAUUUCUUCCGGAGUAAUUCGUGCACAGCAGAAAGGAAGAAAGCAGUUGGUCGGAUGGCGAAUAGGAUAUUCGGGAAGGAUGAACUGCACGACUCAAGGGGGAGCCAGAGCCAACGAGUUUGCAGCAGCACCGCGAUGUACAGAGAAGGUCCGGGCGGACAACCAGGACGCGCCACAGAAGAGAAUAGAAUUAAAAGGCCUUUCAAGGUAUGAAGGCAAGGAAGGAAGGAAAGGAAAGGAAGGGGAUCCAGGAUUCUCCGAUCGAGGAUGUAAGAAUCAGAGUACGAGAAAGGAACGGCAAAUAACCCCCAAGGAGGAAUGGAGGAGGGAAGAAAGAGGGGAAAGAGGAGAGAGGAAGAAGCAGACGAGGAGGCCCGGGGAGGAAGGAAAGAAAAGGGCAGACGACGGACGGGACCGAAGGAAGGAAGCAAAGGAAAAGAGGCAACACCAACAGAGUCGAGUCACCGUGGACUAAUCAACCAGGAACGUUAUUGGGGAGGGGGAUGAUCUCUCUUUGCUCUCUUUCUCUCUUUUUUUCCCGUCUUCUUUUUGCUCUACUCCAUAAAUCGUACCGUAUUAUCCUCCUCUCUGGUGUCUCCCUCAGCGCUUCUAAUCUCCACUUUAUCUCGCAGAACAA